GAAGAGGACAGGAUUUGGAAGCGCGCGUUUCGAUGCUGAUGGAUGCGGGUGUAUCUAAUCCAACUCGCGUCUCUGCUGCAUUCGCCUUCUUCUUCAUCUUCUUCGUCGCUGCGCACAAUGCCUCCAAUGAUUCCCAGGUCAAAUGCAGCAGAACUUGUGUCGCGGAGAACUGUAAUUCGAUUGGAAUUCGGUAUGGGAAGUAUUGUGGAGUAGGAUGGACAGGAUGUCCGGGAGAAAAGCCGAGCGAUGAUGUCGAUGCUUGUUGUAAGAUUCAUGAUGAAUGCGUGGAGAAGAAAGGUUUGACUAAUAUCAAAUGCCAUGAGAAGUUUAAGAGCUGCAUAAAGAAAGUACAAAAAUCUGGAAAGGUCGGAUUUUCUCGGGAUUGUCCUUACGAGACAGCUGUUCCUACUAUGGUACAGGGAAUGGAUAUGGCCAUUUUAUUCAGCCAAUUAGGUAACUCUAAGAUUGAACUUUAACUUUCGAGUGUUUGGGUAGGUGGUGUACUGCCCAUGUCAUUGUGCAUU